AUGUAUGGGGCUGAAGGGAGCUCAGCAUGCAGACUCCCAACAGAACCACUUCAACAGAUUGAUGCUUGGAUGUUGGGAAAUUACUCUGAAGUUGACCUCGACGACCAACCUCAAGCCACCAGCAAGCAAACAAGCUGGCUUCGACUAACAUAUCUGGAACAUUUCGAAGACUACCGUUCCGUCCUGUCAUUUGUCGAUCUGGAAUCUAUGACAAGAGAGCAAGAGCUGAAAUACGCCCUGGCGCUGCAUUCCGAUCAGAAAUGUGUGAUUACAGGUAAAUUAGACAGACAGGUUUCAGGCCGGCCAGUUCCUGUUGUUGCCAAAGGAGAAUUCUAUCGGGCAGUCAUGGCCCGCUUUCUGGAUACCAAAAUGCUACAAUUUGCUACCUUGUGCCGAUCGUCGAAAAGCUCUGAUAAGCUUUAUACAAACGUUCUGUCUAUGUGGUCUGAUAACCCGACUCGCACCCUGGAAGAAUCGGUUCAGGUCCUGGAAGUUUUUGAUUUUGUAUCCAACUUCAUGCUUCUACAUAUUCUCCAAGACCCCAACACUCUCUUGGAUUGGGCAGUAUCGUCACGCACAGACGAUGCCUUGAUAUUGGAUCAUGAUGAUACACUACUCUGGAAUUGGAUGACUCUCUUGUCACGCCUUCAGCCAUACUUGUCGCCUUUUGACAUCCUUGCUGCUUUCAAUAUGGAUACAUUAGACCAUGAAUCUCUGCAGUACUCCAUAUCGCUGCUUGAUCUCGAUUCAAAUGGCCCCGACCCCCCUGGGAUGGAUAAGAUAGAGAAUGAAGUGUCCUGCAAGCUGGAAAAAAACCAUAAUGUGGCUGGUGAUGUCUGGAAAAGGUACCGCUACCACGGCUGGAGGAAUGGAGUCAGGGGUGUGUCAUUCAACGAGGAUUUUAGUGGCAGGAGUUUCGCAAGCGAGGUAACAGGGUUCAAGGGCUACGGUCGCAACUGGUGGGAGUUGAUGAAGCAAACACGCGAUAUUGUACAUGUACCACAUGUCUUCAGAUUCUCUGUACCUUCUCAUUACCUGAUGAGGGUUUCCACGCAUGCUGAAGACAUAGAUCACAUUCAUUUCAUCGUUACUGAAGAUGAUCUUUCACAGCUGAAUUGA